GAAAGACUAGUUGAGAAACGAUUUAAAAAAAUUUAAAUACAAAGUGGUUAGCAACAGCAUGGUAAAAAAUUGCAAAGAUUGAUUUUGUUACAAAAUUAAACUUUCGGUACUUUUGUAAAUGUUUUAUUUACAUUUUUAACAAAAGUUAAUAGUAUUUUUUAUAGUACUGUAAUUCGAACUAAACAUUUAUAAUUUAAUUCGAUUUUAUAAUGGUUUUUUCCACUAAAAGAUAAAUUCUAUUUGGUUGGCUGAAUUGAAAAUAGCUUUUAAUUCCUAAUAUGUUGCGUUCAAUGUUAAAAAAAAGUUCAAACUUUUUGUAUAAUAUACCUUCCUUUAAUAAACUAGCAAUAUCAGCAAAUAUUUCAAAUCAGGUGCAGCCGAAGCUAGAUGAUCUUUACAAAAGUGUUCUUGUAGAAGUCAGAGGUCAUGAUCAAGCAGUCUUAAACAGUUAUGAGUGGUUUGCUAAAACAUCUGCAAAUGAACUUGGAUUGAAAAUUGCUAAAAUAUGGGAACCUCCAGUUCAUAAGAAACGCAGGACACUGCUAAAAUCAGUAUUCAUUUAUAAAAAGCACCGAGUGCAAUAUGAAAUGAGAACUUACUUUCGUUUAUUUGAAUUUAAGCACUUAACUGGUUCAACUGCUGAUACUUACCUGGAAUAUAUUCAACGAAAUCUCCCUGAGGGUGUUUCUAUGAAAGUUAUUAAGCACCGAAUAGAAAAGCUUCCUGACCAUAUUGCAAAUCAUGUAACUGAAAAGAAAACUGAAGACAGCCAGAGCAAAAAAUAAUAACAAAUAAUUGUUGUAUUGACAUUGUUUAAUAAAUUGUUGUACAUUGGAAUUAGUAUUUAGUUUACUGAGGUUCCCAUCAUAAAGAAUAUUUUAUUAGUCAUUUUUUUAAAUGUUGCCUUUGUACAAUAAAGGGAAAAUUUUUCCUC